CAUAAGCAAAGAGGACAUUUUAUUCGAUUUUUAAAUUAAACAUUUUAUUUGUUUGAUGAGCCGUUUAUAUCGAAUUUUUUUGCCAAUGUUUAAUUAGCCAUCCUAUAUUAAACAUUUAUUUGUUUGAUCUGCCAAUUUUAUCAAACAGAAGAAGUAACAAUUGCCGCCGUUACAUCACCACUAAUUGUUUCGCCAGAAUUGAUUGUGUAUGAGUGAUUUGCAGUCAUUAUAACUAAAGGAAUUUGCCAGAUUCCCGCCGCAAGAAAAUAACAACUGCCAUCAAAUCAUUUGUGUCAACACAGCCCUGUGUUGUCAAAGAAUUUGCCUACUCUUUCGCCGCAAGCGACACACAUCUACACACGCCAUCAAGCCAAGAACAUGUAAAUUUUACAGAUCAGCAGCGCACAAAAAAGCAAGCAUCGACCUUUGCUGGUGAUGUCCGUACAGCAGCCGAAAAACAACAACAACAGUCAACGUAGCGGGUGACUUCCAAAAGCAAAUGCACGAAAUGCAACAAAAUAUGGUGCAAAUGCAGACAAUGCCGCAGCAACAAUUGCAAUUGCAACAGACUCAAAUGCAGCAGUUAAGAAAAGACAUGGUUGAGGCACUUACAUCAAAACACGCGAAGUUGUCCGUCCAAAAUCCUCAAACAUCGUCGCAGCAGCCACCAGCCAGUAAUCAGACAUUGGAGCCAUAAAGCAUAUCACAUGACAUAAUCUCUGCCAAUGUUUAAGCCAUAAUGAAUAAUUUAAGGGAAACCUUCGGCAGACCGGAACAACUCAUGAAAAGUCAGAUUGAUAAGGUCCGUAAAAUUCCCCCUUUGGUAAAUGAUAAUUUGGAAGCAUUAAUAAGUUUCGCCAAUAAGACGAAAACCAUGGCUACGUUUUCAAAAACGCUCGUGGAGAACAUCAUCUUUAUAAUCCAUCUUUGUUAAUUGAGCUGGUUGCCAAACUGCCGAAGCGGCAAAUUUGAUGGGGUGAAAAAUGUGUGUUUUUAAAAGAAGCUCCUUCUACUUUAGAUUUCAGCCAAUGGUUAAAAACUUUACGCCGUGUGGCUAACAUCGUCCAUCGCCAUACGUUUCCACUAAUCGUGGCAAAGUCACACAACAAAGCCGAAAGUUCGCAUAUGUCACCGUUAAAAAUUGUAUUGUCUGCAAGGGAGUCUGCACGUUAGUCGAAAAAUGUAAACACUUUCUGGAAAUGUCUUGCGACGAAAAUUGGAAAUGCUGAAAGCCUGUUUCUUUUGUCUUAAAAAAGGCCACCAACUUGGCCAAUGCAGAUAAAAAAACACCAUGUGGCAAAAAUUAGUGUUCGAAAUAUCACAACAAUUUGCUUUAUAACGAUGUUGCGGACGCAGACAAGAACGGUAAGAGCAAUGCAAAUCCAGCACCAUCGCAAUAGCCUGAGCAGAUAAAUUGUCAUGCCCUAAGUGAAACCGGCAACAUUUUGUCCCAAAUAUUGCCCAUCCGAAUAUGUGGAAAAUAUAAAAUAAUUUCUACUUAUGCUUUUAAAGAUGACGGCACAAAUGUAUCCAUGCUCGAUAAAGCAAUUGCCAACGAGUAAGAUCUGCAUGCUAAGCAGCAACAAUUAUCGUUACCGUGGCUGAAUGAGCAUUGUGUGGCUCAAGACUCCGAAGUUCUCGGUGUGACACCUAGUGGAAUCGGGGAAGGAAAUAAAAGAUACACCAUUAAAAAUGUUUUUACGACGUCAGACCUAUCUUUGCCAGUACAAAGUUUUAAUUUGGAAAGUAUGGUGAAAUGUAAUACGAAUCUUGAUGCAUCGAAAAUAAAAUUUCUUAAUUACAAAAAUGUUCGACCAAAAUUAAUACUUAGCCUACAUUAUUGCUUUUUAAAAGUUCCCUUGGAAGUGCUCCGCUUGUUGUCAGCCGCUGGACCACCACCAGAUUGGGCGUCAUCAUUUAUGGACCGACACCAGUAGAGAAAGCCCCACAUAUGAAACAUGUCCUUCAUGCCCGAAAGUGUAUGUUGCCCAAUGACACUAAGGAAUAUCCCAUACAGCAUCUAAACAUCAUGAUGCAACUACAUCAAAGCCUUUGCCAUCAGAGGAUAAACGUGCACUAAAACUUUUAAAUGAAUUCUCAAGAAAGGUUGAUGAACGAUACGAGUGCUGACUUCAAUGAAAAAACAUUUGUCUCCAUUUCCAGAAUCGUAUGAAAUGGCUCUAAAACGUUUGUAUUAUGUGGAGAACCAAAUGGCCCGAAACAGUGAGUAUGCGAGUGCAUGUGUUUUAAUUGCCGCACAUUGGAGUGCAAAAUAUAAACGAGAAGGAAUACGAAUCGUUUUCGAUGCCGCCGCUGAAGUUCAGAAUGUAUCUUUGAGCAAAUGUCUCUUAAGAGGGCCGGACUUUAAUAAUACAUUGAUUUCAACUAUUUUUAAAUUUCGGGAAGCUCCAGUUGCCGUUUGUGGAGAUAUUAAAGAAAUGUUCCAUCAGAUUAAAAUCGCCAAAGAAGACCAGGACUGUCAGCGAUUCUUGUGGAGAAAUGGGGACCAAAAUAAAAAAGUGGAAGUGUACGUUAUGCAGAGGAUGAUAUUUGGAGUUACAUGUUCGCCAACAAUUGCCCAGUUUAUUGAAAACUUAAAUGCCCAAAGAUUUUUGGAAGAAGUCCCUCGAGCAGUGCAUGGUAUAAUCGACCGUCACUACGUCGACGAUUACGUCGAGUGUUUUGACACCGAGGACGAAGCUGUAAGUGUUGUAAAAGAUGUUAUCAAGAUUCAUAGUGCUAGUGGAUUUGAGCUAAGAAAUAUCAUUUCCAAUUUGGAACGGGUGGUGAGAUCUUGUGGACAAUCGGCCAGCGGAGGAAACAGCUGUGAGUUUUUAAAUAAAGAUAAUAUAGAAAUAAUUUUGGGAAUAUACUGGUUUCCAAGCCCAGAUGUUUUUUGUUUUCGUAUCAAUUUCCAUAAAGUGGAGAAAUCUAUUUUAGAAUUUACCAAGGUUCCCACCAAACCUGAAAUGCUUGCACUAAACAUGUCAAUUUAUGAUCCAUUUGGCUUCUUAUGCAAAUUUAUGAUUACAUCAAAAAUUUUAAUGCAACGAAUAUGGAAGGCAGGUAUAGGUUGGGACGAGGAGUUGCCUAUUGAAAUUCAUAGAGAUUGGAAGCUAUAGUUAAUGGAAUUUGAAAAUCUAAAGUAAUUCCGGAUUCCACGUUUUAAUUGCCGAGAUUUUCUCAACACCAAGGUUGAUUUGCAUAUUUUCACUGGUGCUAGCGAAGAGGCGAUGGCGACAGUAGCGUAUUGGCGUGUGAUAAGUGUGGUCGGAAUUAAAGUCAUAUUUGUAAUGGGCAAAUGCAUGUGCUUCUACCAGAUAUCAUACUCUACCCUAAUUGGAACUGCAGGCAGCAGUAAUGGGUGUUCUUAUGAAGGACUUGAUAAUUGCUAAUAUUAAAAAAGUUAAAAAAAUUAAUUUUUGUACAGAUUCCCGAACUGUUAUCCGCUGGAUUCGUUCUGAUCACCGGAAGUUUAAAGAAUAUGUGGCCAAUAGGAUGGCCGAUAUUCUAGACAGCAGCGAAAUGGAUAGUUGGAAUUGGUGUCCGGGAUCUAAAAACCCAGCUAAUGGCGCAACAAGGGCAAAAUUUCCUAUUAAGUAUGAAGCGGACGGACGGUGGACAAAUGGACCGGAGUUUUUACACAUGGAUGAGUCUUAAUGGCCCUUGAAACAACGAAAAAUAAAAGGAGCCGACAUUACCAAAGACGAGCUGAGCGUGGAAGAAGAAGCAUGGGCCGAAACGCACUUAUGUCGACAAAUGCAACGUGAAGUUUUUUCGGAUGACUUUGUGGAUAUUGAACGGCAAGGACAUGUGAGCAAAGACAGCAAAUGGAAGAUGUUAAAUCCAAUAAUCAGUGAGGACGGAUUAUUAAAAGUCUUUUGACGUAUACAGAAUGCACCGUGCCUACCGAUUCAAGCCAAAAAUCCCAUCGUUCUUCCAAGUCAACAUCCUUUCACUUUCACCUUUCUGUCGCAUACGGAGAGCAAGACCUCGCCAACCUCAAAUGGUCCAAUUGCCGAUAGAUCGUGUUACUCCAUAUGAUCGUGCUUUCACUUACACUGGUUUGGAUUAUUUUGAGCCGGUUGAAACGAGAUUGCAGAUAUUAAUCCGUUCCAUGCCACUUUGGACAUACACCUAUGCCAGUAAUCGGCUUGUUGUGUGCUCUAA